UCCCUCUAAGUAAGAAUUCCUUCGUACCUGUCUGAACAGGGUAAGUUGGACCGCUGUAGGGCAGAGGAAAGAAAGAAAUAGAAAGAAAAGAAAGGGAAUCAGGAGAAGGAAAGUAGGAGGAACAAAAGGGACACAUUUAAAGAGCACAAACAGAAAAGAGGUGUGUAAGAGACAAUUUCGGAACGGACACAGAGCGAGAGACGAGUUUAUCAAGUCCUCGAGGCUUCACAUUUGCUUUUUUCCCUGCUCCCUGCUGGGCUGUUUUUCAACUUUCUGAGACCCGUGGCUAUUUUUGUCCGUCAGUGUUAGAGUGGUUUGGGAUGGAUGCCAUCAUGCUGCAAGAAAAACUGGUGGAACGGCUGCUGUGCCCACGAGUGAGAACAGCCAGGCAGAAGGAGAAACAGUAUGUGGGUUUUGCAACUCUGCCCAACCAAGUCCACAGGAAGUCGGUGAAGAAAGGCUUCGAUUUCACGCUGAUGGUUGCAGGAGAGUCUGGUAUGGGUAAAUCCACCCUGGUCAACAGCCUGUUCCUCACAGACCUCUACAAAGACAGGAAGUUACUGAAUGCUGAAGAGCGUAUCAACCAAACGGUGGAGAUCAUCAAACACACGGUAGACAUUGAGGAGAAAGGAGUCAAGCUCAAGCUGACCAUCGUUGACACGCCGGGGUUUGGAGACGCAGUCAACAACAACGAGUGCUGGAAGCCGAUCACAGACUACAUAGAUCAGCAGUUUGAGCAAUACUUCAGGGAUGAGAGCGGGCUAAACAGAAAGAACAUUCAAGACAACCGAGUCCACUGCUGCCUUUACUUCAUCCCUCCUUUUGGGCAUGGGCUGCGACCGGUGGAUGUUGAGUUCAUGAAGGCUCUUCAUGAAAAAGUUAACAUAAUUCCUCUCAUUGCAAAAGCCGACUGCCUCACACCCAAUGAGAUAAAAAAGCUCAAAGACAGAAUACGAGAGGAAAUAGACAAGUUCGGGAUCAAAGUGUACCAGUUCCCCGAAUGUGACUCAGAUGAGGAUGAAGAGUUUAAACAACUUGACAAAGAGCUGAAGGAGUGCACCCCGUUUGCUGUGAUCGGCAGUAACACGGUGGUGGAGGCUCGAGGGCAGAGAGUGAGAGGGAGACUGUACCCCUGGGGAAUUGUUGAAGUGGAGAACCAGUCGCACUGUGACUUUGUGAAAUUGAGGAACAUGCUGAUACGUUCACACAUGCACGACCUCAAAGACGUGACCUGCGACGUCCACUACGAAAAUUACAGAGCGCAGUGCAUACAGGAGAUGACCAGUAAACUGGCUCAGGAUAAUCGCAUGGAGAGUCCCAUCCCCAUUCUGCCGCUGUCCACCCCGGAUGCUGAGACUGAGAAACUAAUCAAAAUGAAAGAUGAAGAGCUGAAGAGGAUGCAGGAGAUGCUGACUAAGAUGCAGCAGCAGAUGCACGACAAAGACUAGUCUCCCGGAGCAGAGCUGGCCUGCAGCGCCACCUGCUGUUUCUCCCCUGACCGACAGUGAGACCUUCAGACAUUGAACAUGGAUAUCACGUGUUAGUGGCAAAUCUGGCUGUACAUUUAUCCUCAGUUUGGUGCUUUGUAUAGUUUGUUUGCCUGGACGGUUGUUUGUCAGAGCAUUUUGUCUCUGAAAUUAUCCGUUUGCCCAAUUUGAGUCCCUCGCUGUGGUUUAACAGUCUUAACAUAUAUAAUAUAAAUGCCUAAUUUAAAUUACUACUCAGUGUGUCUAAUUUAUAAAUGCAAUGCUAAACUUUUGGGAUAUUUUGUCAGGGUAUGAUGUGUACAAGAUGUUUUGUAAAGAAAUUUAGUUUGUUGGUAAUGUUAAGAUUUGAUGGAUGUUGUUUUUUUAUUAUGUGUUUGUGAGUUUGUGUUUGGGUGCGUGAGUGUUUGUAUUUCAUGACAGUUCCUCCAAUUAUCCGUCCAUAAAACGCCAUAUUAUCCACAGUGACUUUACUUUUUUCUAUCAAAGUUUUGCUCUUAUUAAUUUGCUCUUUGAUCCUCAUGAAUACCUUCAUGUGAUAUUUUUUUCCCAUACUGUAUGGCAAGUCAAAUAUUUUCUCCCAACAAUUUUAUAUGUGCUGGGAGAAAACUAACUGUGAAUGGCGAUCCUUUGACAUAAUGCGAGGGUCGGUGCAGUGGCAGGGUGCAUGUGCAGGGUGCAUGUGCAGGCAUGCUGCCAUCGUAUACGCUAAAUGCUGUGGGCCUAUUUUUACUGCUUAAUAGCUGAUGCCCUCUGCCUGUAUUAAAUACAUCAUGACCUACAGUAUGCUUUGUUGGUAAAAAUAGAUCAAUAAUGAGGAGCGGAUACUGUGUCUAUGCUUCUGUUUUAUAUGUCUCUUUGGAAGUAAGGUGUGUGUGUGUGCGUGUAUGCGUGCGUGCGUGCUGAGGAACAUUACAUUUUGCCUGAAAGCUGAGCUUAGCCUGUGCCCCAUUUAUAAAAGUGUGACAAAUAAACUUGUUUUUCGUC